AAUAAAUAAACAUAAAUAAAUAUAAAGAUUCAUUGUAUUGGAAUUUUGGAACUGAUUUCACUGACUUGAAACAGUUGGGCGAAGAAGUGGUAGUGUGACUGUUGACCUCACGACAUUCUUCAAACAACAUUCUUUCUCUCUUUCCGAUUCUCACUCUCAAGAAUCGCGGUCAAAUACAACCGCUAUAGCACCGACACUUUUGAUUGAACGUGUGCCCGUUGUCCGACACGUGUUGGUGUCUGACACGACACCAACACUUAUGAUAGAAGGCAUGUCUGUUGUCCAACACGUGGUGGUCUGAUACGACACCGACACAUGUGAUUACAUUCAAUUGAUUCAUUUCUUCAAAUUUUUACUGGUGUUGAUGUGUUCGUGUCAGUGUUGUGUCCGAUGUAAGUGUCUCUGUCGACUGUCAGUGCUUCAUAGAAUACAACUGAUCAUGUCAACUAGUUACACAUCUUGGGAAAUUUGUUUUGCAAGGAAUAAGGAAUGUUGUAUAUGUAUAUUGAAAAUCAUUUCUCUUGUUGAUAGGUGUGAAAUACAUUUUCUUGAAAGUUUGUUUCUGUUUCGCGCCAGUGCACAAAAACUUUGAAUGGCAAACUAAUGUUAGAUAUUAUUAGUUUCGUUAUGUUGGCGGUGAGGUCACACUGGGAUUUUGAACUUCCAUAUAUAGGGUUGAGUUGUGAAGAGUUGAUGUUUUAUUUAUUUCCUUAUUCUGGAGCAUAAUCUUCAAAAUUCAGUUAAAAAAUGCACUCUAGGUAUCUUCUGUAAUAUGAAUGUGGUUGUAAUGUUUGACUAUGGUUUGAUUGUAUAUACUUCACUACUUGGACCAUAGAAAAUCAUUGAUUAUGGUUGUAAAAUGUAUGUCUUUUUAACAUUUAAUUUACAAUUUUGUUAUUCUCCUAUUCUAUUCAGAAAAGUCAAAAGAGUUAGCACUGAGGAUGGUUAAAAGUAAAACAAUUGAGUUGUAUGGAUUCCCGUCUUCAGUGAACGUUUCUGAUGUAAAGAGAUAUGUAGAGAAGCUUACUGGUGAAGGAAGUGUGGUUGCUAUGAAGAUUAGAGUUGGUAAAGGCCGGAUUCCAAGAGCAUUUGCAAUUAUUCAAUUCACUACUGCAAGACAUGCUACAUUCAUGAUUGCCUUACCUAUCAGAAGUUCAUCAACAUUGCGGUAUGGGAGCUCCUAUUUAAAAGUUCGGGAAAUGGAAAGAGAUAUUGAUCCAAAUCCAAGGGUAUUUCUGGACAGUUUGGAUGAUGUGAAGCUGUAUUUUGGUUGUCAAAUAUCAAAGGAAAGAUUCUCUGUAUUAUGGAGCAAGGCGGAUGUUAGUGUAGAUUUUGGGAUUGGGAUGAAAAAGUGGCGAUUCUCUAUGCUCCAUGACGAUAAGAAGUUCAAACUUGAGCUUUCAUAUGAGAAUAUUUGGAAGGUUGAGCUGCAUCAACCACAGGGUAAAACUGCAAAGUAUCUAUUGAUUCAGUUACUAGGUGCUCCUCGGGUUUAUGAGCUUAAUAUUCCUAAUUCAGAUGUUGAUGUAUAUAACAUAUACAAUGAUCCUUUGAAGAACUAUAAUAAGGAUUCCCCUGAUGACCAAUGGAUUCGUGCAAUAGAUUUCACUCCUUGCAGUUGUAUUGGGCAGUCUUCUUCUAUAUGUGUAGAGCUUCCUAGUAACAGAGAUUUUCCAAAUUUUCGGGAAAACUGUGCUCAUUAUGAGGAAAGUGAGGGUCAAUACACAUUGCAGAUCGGAUCACCUUUUUCUUCCAAUCCGGAUGUUGUCCCUAUGGUUGCUCCUCCUCAAGGAAUUCGAAUUCCAUUUGACAUCCUGUUUAAGGUCAAUUCAUUGGUUCAGCACGGGUGUGUUUCAGGUUCUGAACUCGAUAAUCAUUUCUAUCGUCUAGUGGAUCCACUUAGAAUAAACGUCGAUUUUAUCGAGCAUGCCUUAGAGAAGAUGUACUAUGCAAAGGAUUUCUGUUAUGAACCAGUAAAAUGGCUGAAAGAUCAAUACAGAAUGUACCUUGGUGCAAAAGCUCCACCCCGCUCACCUACUAUAUCUUUGGAUAAUGGGUUGGUAUACAUUCGCAGGGCUCAGAUAACACCAUGCAAAGUAUACUUUUGUGGUCCAGAGAUUAAUGUCUCGAAUCGUGUUCUCCGUAAUUUCCAUGAACAUAUCGAUAACUUUCUGCGUGUUUCAUUUGUUGACGAGGAGUUGGAUAAUCUGUAUUCAGCAGAUUUAUCUACACGUAAUUCUGAGCGUGGGAGAACUGGGAUAUACUAUAGAAUUCUUUCCAUCCUUAUGAAUGGCUUAGAUAUUGGUGGUAAGAAGUUCGAAUUUCUAGCUUUCUCAUCAAGUCAGUUGCGUGAAAAUUCCCUAUGGAUGUUUGCUCGUACAACAACUGGAGUUACUGCAGAUUUCAUAAGGGCAUGGAUGGGAGAUUUUAGCCGGAUACGAAAUGUGGCUAAAUAUGCUGCUAGACUCGGACAAUCUUUUGGUUCGUCUACCGAAACUCUAAGUGUCAGCAGGGACGAAAUUGAAAUUAUUCCUGACGCGAAGGUUAAACACGGUGCAACCGAAUAUGUCUUCUCUGAUGGAAUUGGGAAAAUAUCUCUUGAACUUGCACGGAAGGUGGCUAAAAAAUGUGGGUAUGAUUCAAUUCCAUCCGCGUUUCAGAUUCGAUAUGGCGGGUACAAAGGAGUUGUGGCUGUUGAUCCAACCUCGUCUGUGAAGCUGUCACUGAGGAAGAGUAUGCACAAGUAUGAAUCAGAUAACAUAAAAUUGGAUGUUUUGGCAUGUAGUAAGGUUCAACCUUGUUAUCUGAAUCGGCAGUUGAUCACUCUCUUAUCCACUCUCGGUGUCAAGGACGGUGUUUUCGAGAAAAAACAGAAAGAAGCUGUUGAUCAACUGAACACAAUACUAACAGAUUCGACGAAGGCACAGGAGGUUUUGGACUUGAUGUCUUCCGGAGAGGUCACUAAUAUUCUGAAGGAGAUGCUUAUUUGUGGUUACAAGCCUAAUGUUGAACCAUUUCUUUCGAUGAUGCUGCAGACAUUUAGGGCAUCAAAACUUUUGGAAUUGCGACAAAAAACUAGGAUAUUUAUUCCAAGAGGAAGAGCUAUGAUGGGAGUUCUAGAUGAAACAAGAACCCUAGAAUAUGGUGAAGUAUUUGUUAAAUAUUCUAACAAUAGGUUCGGCAAUCGUUCUCAUGUAGUUAUUGGUAAGGUAGUCGUAGCAAAAAACCCCUGCUUGUACCCAGGCGAUGUGCGUGUUUUAAACGCUGUGGAUGUGCCAGCUUUGCGUCACAUGGUGGAUUGUGUUGUUUUUCCUCAAAAAGGUCGCAGGCCCCAUCCAAAUGAAUGUUCUGGAAGCGAUCUAGACGGGGACAUCUACUUUGUUUGUUGGGAUUCUGAAUUGGUUCCACCUAGAACAAUUGAUCCAAUGGAGUAUGAUACUGCACAACCUAUUGUAUUGGAUCAUGAUGUGGAGAUUGAGGAGGUGGAGGAGUAUUUUACCAAUUACAUACUCAAUGACAGUCUUGGAAUAAUUGCCAAUGCACACACUGUCCAUGCAGAUAAAGAACCUCUUAAAGCAAUGGCUGAGCCAUGUAUUAAGCUUGCGAAGCUAUUCUCAACAGCAGUCGACUUUCCAAAAACUGGUAUCCCAGCUGUUAUACCUCGUGAACUUUUCGCCAAAGAAUAUCCUGAUUUCAUGGAGAAGUCUGACAAAACAACAUACAAGUCGAAUAAUGUAAUAGGAACACUUUUUAGGGAAAUUCAAGAGAUUUCGACAAGGGACGGCUCCAUUACAUCCUUCACACGCGAAGUGGCUAAAAAUUCGUAUGAUCUUGACAUGGAAAUGGAUGGCUUUAUGGAUUAUGUCGACGAUGCCUUUUAUCACAAAAGCAAUUAUGACUACAAGUUGGGAAAUCUGAUGGACUACUAUGGUAUCAAAACCGAAUCAGAAAUCCUUAGUGGCAAUAUUAUGAAAAUGUCAAAAUCUUUCACCAAAAGAAGGGAUGCGGAUGCGAUUACUAUGGCUGUAAGGUCCUUAAGGAAAGAGGCGAGGAGUUGGUUCAAUGAAGGCGGCACCAGUGUAGAUUCUGGAAGUGAUGAUGCAUAUGCAAAAGCUUCUGCUUGGUACUAUGUUACUUACCAUCACAGUUUCUAUGGUUUGUACAAUGAAGGUAUGAAUAGGGACCAUUUUCUAAGCUUUCCAUGGUGUGUUUACCAUUUGCUUGUGCAAAUCAAGAAGGAAAAAGUAAGGAUGAGGAUGCAUGCUAGCAUGGAACAAAGUUUCAGUCGUCGGUUGCGUCUUGAUUGACGCCUCUGCUCAUAGUUGUUGUUGAACUUUGCAUGUACAUGUUUAUGGUAAUGCUAUGAUAUAGAAUGUUUAUCAACAAUUUCUUAUCGUUUGCAAGUAUGAUGCAAACUUAUAUUAGUGGUAUUAUUAAUGGCUUUUUCUCUAUGUUUCUUGUUUUGAUUGUAAAUAUGAUGAAGACUCAUUAGUUGUAUUUUUCAUGGGUUUUCUCUAUCUGCUUCUUCUCUUAUGUGAGAAAUUUAUUGAUAUUGAGUGAA